AUGUGGCCAGGCAUGUUGACUUUUCAGCACACAUGUGAAACUCUAGAGGAGAAAAUACCAUCCCCACUAGAGUGCUGUGAUGCUCAUGAGAUCUUCCGGGAGUAUGCUAUAGAGUUCCCUCAACACCUUCUCGGGGUUCUCAACCAUUUGAAAGAGUUGUGUCAGCUGUUGGACGUCACCGCUACUGCACGAUCCACUGAGCGAGUAGACGAUGUGGAAUCUAUGCGGAAGCUCAUAUAUAUACUAGUCGAACAGCAUCAUAACGCCACCACUUCUUCAGCGCCACUGGGUGCCUCGAGAACAACGAUCGAGCAGGGCCAGGAGGAGCUCAGCAACAUGCAUCUAGCUCAGUCCACGGGCGGCUCAGGUGCUUCAGGCGAGCGACUGAUGUCUUUUUUCAAACAGACAUUGCUGCACUCGAUCCCUCGAAUUCGAAAUGAACUCGCUUUUGGCUCACCAUGGAAGCGGACGUUGGAGGAUCUCGCUUGCCUGCUCGCUUUGCUCAGCCAUGCUUAUGAGAAGUUCGAAAGACCUUUCGUGGAAAAGGUUGGCGAAGUCACAUCAACCAUGGCUAAUCGUCUCGAUGCUCUUGCCAAGAUGAUGCAGGAGAGCGCCGAGGAAGAGAACUCCGCGAAUUCUUGUGAGUAUAGAGGGAACCCAUUCCGACGCCUUAGGGAGGCUAGCUUCCUACAAGGCGUCGAGAAAAUACACUUCCUCACUGUUGAUGGGCUAGAACGUAUCCUCACGAAUCAAGGAACUCUCACAGAACUAGCGGUCAUAGAGUAA